GCGGCGGUGAUGGCGAUGAUGGCGGCCGGGACGGGCAAGCCCCGCCGGCGGCGCGCAGGAAAUAAGCAUUCAGCUGCUCAGAAAAGUGAAGAUGCUGCUCAGAGGAAGGAAGCUCUGGAGGCUGCACUGAGAAAGAAGAUUGAAUGUGAGAAGAAAGCAUUGUCUAUUGUUGAACAGCUCCUGGAAGAGGACAUUACUGAAGAGUUUCUUCUAAAUUGUGGAAAAUGUAUUACUCCAUCUCACUAUAAAGAUGUUGUUGAUGAACGGUCUAUCAUCAAACUGUGUGGUUAUCCUCUAUGUCAGAAUAAACUGGAAAAUGUACCAAAGCAGAAGUACAAAAUUUCAACAAAAACGAACAGAGUUUAUGAUAUCACUGAAAGAAAGUGCUUUUGCAGCAACUUUUGCUAUAGAGCAUCUAAAUAUUUUGAAGCUCAAAUUUCCAAAAGUCCAGUGUGGAUGAGAGAAGAGGAAAAACCACCAGACAUAGAGCUGCUGAAGGAGGGACAGAGUGGACAAUCUGGAGAAGAGGUGAAACUACGUGAUGAAGUAAUUAAAGCAUCUGACAUUGAAAAUCCUAGGACAUCUUCAGAUCCAUGUGAAUCUGGUUCUCAUGACACAGCCAGUGACAGCAGUACUGAUACUGAACAAGGGUUUAUUUCUUCUGUCCUACCAGGAAGUCAGUCGAGUUCAGCCAAUUUUGCACAGCAAGUGCACAGAAAAAGCAUCCUCAAAAAGAAGCAUGCUCAGAAAGUCCAUGCCAGCCCUAAAACUGAAGAUGCAGAUGUGACAGAAGCCACUGAACAGCUCUCUCAUUGUAAAUUAGACACUUGGGAAGGAAGACAUGCUUGUUCUGUUCAUAAUGACGUAACUGCACCACCUUCAAACAAUACUGCUUCAGGGAAAUCAGGUGCUUCAGAAAUCUUUGAAAACACAUGUGGAUCACAGAUAGUUUUUCUAGAUGUGGGCAAAAGAGGAGCAGAAUAUCUGAAAAGAAUACUAGCUAACUCAACAGAACAUCAUAACCCUGAACUGAGGCAUCCAGUUAAUUCCAAAGGCAGUUUACUAGAAGUGCUUAGGCAAACACUUAUGGAAUGGAGAACUGAGGAAACUUUAAAAUUUCUCUAUGGCCCAAACUAUACUUCUUUGUGCUCAUCAGAGUGCACAGCAUCUGUCAGCCAGGAGACUGAAGAACUUGAUGAGGAUGACUUAGAUACACCUGAUGAUCUCGACACUGUUGCUGUAGGGGAGACUGAAAACAGUUUGAACUACUCUUUACCUUUCACAGGCUCAGGUGGAAUAGUUAAGCCUGUGCCUAAUUAUGAAAAAUUAAAAGAAGAAACAGAGUUUCUAGAACUCCGAGUAAAAGAGUUCUAUAAAGGAAGGUGCAUCUUGGCUGAAGAGGCAGUGACACAAGCAGAGGAAUAUCCAAGCAAAGACGAAGAUGAUCAGCAGGAAGAGCUCACCUUCCCACUUGUUGAUUCAAAUGCACAAAUGCAGAUUAGGAAGCGAAUCGUCCUUGAAAAACUGAGAAAAGCGUUAUCUGCAGUUUUGGGCCCUCUUCAGAUUGCCUCAGGUGAUGUUUACACAGAGCUGAAAAAUCUUGUCAAAACUUUCCGGUUAACAAACAGAAAUAUUAUUCACAAAAUGCCUGAAUGGACUCUCAUUGCUAUUGUUUUGCUGUCUGUAUUGUCACAAACAACUCCGCUUUUCAAGAAUACUCAGACAAGCCCAAUGUACACACAGUUCCUGACCACAUUACUGGAAGAACUGCAUUUCAAAAAUGAAGAUCUGGAAAGUUUAACAAGAAUAUUUAGAAUGGACUGACAACUUGAAUGGUCAGUCAACUUUAAGCUACAUUGUGUGUCUUAAAACCAAACUGGUUAACCACAGGUUUAAUUUUCAGCAUUUUGUAAGUACGUACAGUAACUACAGAUUGUAUCAGCUGGAGCAGAAAAUGUGUGAAGCACAUUUUAAAGUAAAGAAAUAUGUAUGGUAUGGAAAUGAGUGUCAUCAUUUUGUUACUUACAGUAAAUGCCAGCUGCUUACUUAUCACAUUAAUCUUUUGAUAAUGUAUGGUUGGUUUACUGCAAUUUUGAGAGGAAUUUUUGCUACCAUAAUUUAUUUUAAAAAAAAUAAAAAUCCAUGUGGCAAAAACUCAGACUUUUAAUUAUUACAAUAAAAUUGUUAUGUUCAGUUUUUGCAUAAUGUUGAGAUUACAUUUUUUUAUUCCAGGUAGGCCAAAAAAUUUAAGAGCAAAUACCUUACAUAUGUUGAUCAUACUCAACUGAUUCAAUGAAUGUAGCAUUAUAGUAUCAUUACUAAUCUCACUCCUUUGUUCCCCAAAGAAUAACAUGAUCAUCUUAGUAUUUCCUACUAACUGAAAUAGUUGCACAGAGAACAAGAAAACAC